AUAUAUAUUUGUUAUGUGUAUAUGUACUUUGGAAAACACAAAAGCAAAAACUGAUAUUUUUUUGUGAAAUAUGUGACAGAGGCUCAAAGUUGUAUUAAAUAUAUGAGUAAUGUCACUGAAGUGUGAUCUGUCCACUACAUAUCCUGUGUCAGUGUGUGAACAUUCAAGACAUUAUAUAUGACAACGUAUGAAAAAACUGAAGUUGUCAUAUCAAAGUAUGCUAUUUUCUUCUACUCAUUAGCUUAAAGAAUUGUAAAUCUGAAUGGCAGUUAGUCUGCCUCAAGGAAUGUCCUCCCACUUUAUUGUCUCCAGCGAAACCAAACAAUGACAAAAAGACAUUAUCGCAGGACAAGUUUGACGAGUAAGGUGCAGCAGCAGCAGCAGCAGCAGCAAGGUGCGUCAGUUUCCCACAGCAGUCAUGGAGCAGACCUUUAAAACAGCAGCAGUCGAUGCAACAAAGCUCAAACAAAGACCAAACAACAAAUACCUCAGCGACCUAUACGGCUUAUACAAGCAGGCCACAGUUGGUGAUAAUACCUCAGACCGUCCAGGGAUGUUUGACAUCGCUGGUCGAGCGAAAUGGGAUGCAUGGAUACUAAAGAAAGGUCUGUCCAAAGAGGAAGCAAUGGAGGCUUAUGUUAAUUUGGUGAAGGAGCUGAAAGGAAUAUACGGGAUGGAUUAAAAGGGGCUAUAUAUUUAUUGUCCACAAAAGUGGAAAUUUGUUUUUGGCUUAUCAAACACAGGAAACAUGAACAUAAAAAGCAGACAAGCAGUUAAUGUAACAAACACAGACAAGGUCAUAUUACAAAGAUAAAAAGUUCAUGUCAAUGUAUGUAACUUUAUACUCUAUGACUGAUUCUUACAGUGUGUUGCACUUUAAACCUCACAUUUCUCAUUUUGUUCUUAAUAGAAACUAAAAAAAUUGGAUACCAUUUAGACCUGACUUUACACGCUGCUGCUGCACUCUUUGGCACCGUGAUACCAUGUAAGACGGAGGUGGAUCAAAUGCUAGAGAGUGCUGCAGUUUGGAGUACUUUGUGGUACUUGACAUUGAUUAAAACAACAGUGGUUAAAGGAAGAGCAACAUUUUGGGAAAUGCAAAAUUUGCGUUCUUGCUGAAAGCAUCUCUAUAUAUCUGUGAAGUGAGAGUCACCACGCCACUGCCCUCAGUUAGUAUAAAAACUGGAAGCAGGGGGAAACAUGCAGCCUGUCAAGGUAAAACACCUGUUUCCUUCUGCCUCCACCCUGUAUGCUGAGCUGAACAAAUCUCCUGCAGGCUCUAGAUUCAUAUUGACCUCACAACUCUCCUCAAAAAAGCAAAUAAAUGUGUCUCCUAAAGUGUUAAACUGUUCUGUUAAGUGCAACUACAAUGUACACUUUCACAUAAAUCAUUGUGAAUAAAGACAAUCUGUAUACAUGA